AUGACGGAAAAUCAAAAGAAAACAGAAAUCUCAGGGUCCCCAGGGACAUCAGGCGAGGGUGACGCACUUCCAAAGAAGAAAAAACCAACACGAGCCGAUUUCGGUAAACGAUGGCAUAGAUUCCGCGUUCUAACACCGAAUUCAGCGAUUCUACGCGGUUCAUACGCCAUGAACGAUCCACAUUUCAAGUAUCGUAGUCGUGGUCGCCAGGCGGCACCUUCGUCUAUCGUAGCCAUAGUCUAUGGUCGUCUGUUUGAACCCAAGGAAUGGAUGAAGGACUACGUAGAUCAAAUAUUAGAGUACGGUGACAAGGUAUUCCGUACCAGUAUAAUGAGAAACCACGUGAAAGACAACGAAUACAUGAAAUCCACGCUGGUCCAUCCAGAAUUCUACAUUUCGAAUUAUAAAGUCCUAGUAUGCGUCGAAGAAACAGGAAUUUAUGGAAAUCUUUUCAGCGAGACAGUAGGUUGUCCAGACUUUACCGAUGGACUGGAAAAAUUCUUUCAAAAUAACGAUGCCGGAGUGAUUACAGCUCAAGGAUCCUCUAUGGCCAUGUGGCGACAGCCUGAACUUGGUUUUUUAUUCUUUAAUCCAGCAGCCUGUGACGAAGAAGGUGUUCAUCACCCAGACGGAGUAGCCUGCGUCAUGAGAUUCAAAUGUUUGAACCACGUGAGCGAGCAUUUUUUAAAGAGCAUGGACCAGAAGUACGAUUCGAGGUAUUGUAUCGAUAAGGUAACAGUUUUGAGAGUCAGCGAAGUUGGUCGUGGAUAUAUCGAUCGUAUUCCCAGUGCUAGUCGUUUAAACGUAGAUAAAAGUGUUCUUAGAACUAUCAACCCUGUCGACAUCGACGAGAACAAGAUGGAUUGCACGAAACCGGUACCAAAAGGCGACAAGCUGAAAACUGUCACAGUAGCUAAGAUCCACAGGGAACCUUUGUCGAUUACUAUUUCCAAUUACAGUAUCGAUCGACAUUUCGCUACCCAUCCUCUGGUAAAUCAGAACAAAUUCGAUACCGGAUAUACUUACGAGAAUAUGCAUGUGAACGUGCCUUCGACUUUUAGAGAGCUUUCAGGAGACAUGGCGAUUCUUCACGGUUUAACUCACGAACAUAGCGAAAUGUACAAAGGUAAGGGAGCACAAAACGUGGUGAAUUGCGUGCUUGCAAUCGCCAUGAAGAAGGUACAUCCAGUGAAAACUUGGCUGAGACCAAAAUUAGACGAGAUAUUGACUCUGGGCGACGAUGCGUACGCCGAAGCGAAAGCUGCGAAACCGAUGGUGAAGAACAUGACUGGUUCUGACUUAAACGACAUGAAAAUAGAAGUGGAGGAAAGGAAGCUGGUCAUAGACGUAGAUUUAAUCACAGUCACUGGUACGAUCUCUUCUAAGAUCGCGACUGUGUUAAAUUUGAAGCAAGCUUUGGAAGAAUUCUUCCUGGUCAAUACCGAAGGAGUGAUCGAGUCCUCCUCCAUGUCUGUAGCGAUCUGGAGUCAGGACGAUUGUUUCUACAUGUUCGAUCCUCGUCAAUGCGACCAGAUAGGCGUCAGAAUUCGAGAAGAAAAGGGUGGCAAAGGUGGUAAGGCUGCUGAUACAUCCGAGAAAAAGAAGGGUAAUUGUUGCGUGAUAAGAUUUCCUAAUACCGACGCGUUGGCUGCGUUGUUCCUGAAGAACGUUGACUAUGCUAAGAAGAACGAUCGUUUCACCAUCAGACACAUUACAAUUUUAGACGACGUUCCUGGUACCAGGGCUUGGCACGAUUUCCAGCCAGCCACAGCUGGGGAAACUUGGAUCCUUCGAGGAACCAUAUCCAACGAGGACGAAGACUUCGAGGACGAGAGUCGAGGAGCUCAAGGACUGGCUAUGCCAGUGAUAGCUUUGAUCAGCGCCAAGGAAACUCCUCCUACAAAAUGGAUCAGCGACACUAUCGACAGUGUAGUUCGAGAAGGAGAUGCUUACUACCACUGGUGUAACCCAGUGAUGGAAGCAGACGAAGAAACUGAGCGGUAUUUUUUCGUCUCGAACUUGAAGAAGAACUUGUACUUCAAGAACAGAAAGGUGAAGAUCGAAGUGGAAGACGGGACUAUCGUUGGAGACUUAACGUCACCAGCUGACAGCGAUAUUCCAAAUUUACCCACUGCUUUGAAGCAAUUCUUCGAGGAACAUCAGUACGGUAUCAUCGACGUGAAGAAUCUCAACGUAGCCGUGUGGAAGGUUGUAGAAGAAAUAAAGGAGAAGGACGAGAUGGUCCCACAGAAUAUAUAUUACUGUUUCGAUCCAAAUCCUCGAAGUAGCAAGGGUCUCUGGGCGGCUGACGAGGAUGAUUUGGAAGAGAGCGUGGCCUGUGUGGUCAGAACUUUAGAUCUAGCCGCGUUAGCUAGGAUAAUCGAGACGAACGCAGGUCAGGACCAAGAAGCCAGUAACGAAUUCUCUAUUCACGAUAUGAAGGUAGUUUCCAUAGGUUCUGAGAUGACCGAAGAAGAGAUAGAAGAAGACAAGCAGAUCCCAGUGAAGCCUGACUUGAAUAAUUAUUACAGCAUGGGAGACAAUGGAGCUGUUUUACUAGGUAGCUUCAAUCAGGGGAACGAAGUGGUAUUCAAACGAUUAACCAGAGACAAGCAGCAAGCAGGAAGUGCUUUGGCCACUUUAGCUAUGACCAAGUUGUAUAAUCCUCAUUUAUGGUACAGGGAGGUGAUCGACGAUAUUUUGAAGCUAGGCGACAAGAUCACGGCGGACAAUCUGGAGAACCUUGCAGAGGAGGGUGUGGAGGAAGAAGAACCGAGACAUUAUCUUCUUCCGAGUGAAAUCAACGACGAUUUCCCUGUUGGAGUGAAUCGAAUGUACAUCAGCCUGGAAGAGGAAUCAGUCUCCGGGAGGAUGAACGAUUUGGGGGCUCAGUUGGAGACAUUUUUCGAGACUAAUGUUAUGGGAAUAUUCAGGCAGAACGAGGUGAUGAUGCCUGUUUGGAGGGAAGGCGACGUUUUCUUCCUGAUGGACCCCAAGGGAAGAGAUACCAGAGGAGAGCCUCGAGAGAAGGAUGGCUCUGCUGCUGUGAUGUGGUUCACAGAUAUUCCAUCGUUGACUACAGCGAUUCAGGCUGUUUCUCCUGGCGAAGACUUCGUUGUCGACGUGGUUACCUUGGACAACGCUUACGAGACACGAGUAGCCGCCGAGGAGCGUCCUCCGAGGCCUACUUCGGGCGAAAAUUCUUGGUACCAUUUCCCUAAAAUGACCGAAGGCGUGUGGAGCAUCGAUGGUACGGUUACAAUGGACGACGCCAGGUUCGAAGAGGUUAACAGGAAUAAUCAAACUGCAGCUAUCGCUAUCAUGGCUAUCGUUUUUGCUAAAGUAUACGAGCCUAGAUAUUGGACGCAAGCUGUGCUCGACGAAGUGAUCGUCACAGGGGACAAACUACACUCGAAGUGUGUAGACAGACUUGGCGAAGGUUCUAUUCCCAGGAUCAACGAGAUCAUGACGGAAUUCUUCUUGUCCACUCGUCGAAUUAACUUGACUAUUAAAGACUGCGUGGAGGCUGGAAGUCUGACAGCGAAACCACCGAAAGUUCAGGAUUUACAAACUGGCAUUCGUAAUUUCUUUUCUAGGUACCACUCAGGAGCAUUGGCGAUUAGCAAGAACAGGAACAUAGCUAUUUGGAAGUUUGGCAACGACUAUUACACCUUGAUACCAGACUGGAUAACUAUCUCGGACGAAACGAGUUCGGCGCAGCCUAAAGUAUUACGUUUCGUCGACAUAGAGACGCUGAUAGAAUACCUAACGAACUUCUUAGGAACCGAAGGAGACUACGAAAUGAUCGCCAUCGAUAUAGUCAAUUGGAACAAGCUUCCUCCUUGGAAGUUCGAUCCAAGUUCAGCUGUUCGUCCCUCGAAUCUUCCACCAUUGAACGCCUACAGAAGAGUUCGCGGCGAGGCUCGAGCGAUUCUCAGAGGCAGCUACCAUCAGGGUGACGAGAUCUUCCCGGAAUUGUUGAGGAACAAACAGGGCGCAGCGAAUUGCGUGGUCGCGUUAGGAAUGUCUGUAGUGAAGAAUCCAGGGACUUGGACGAAGAAGACUAUGGACGAAAUUUUAGCGAUUGGAAUAAACGUUCACAGAGAAACGCAGAAGGCCAAGCCAACCAUAGUUCGUAUCAAGCCGAAGGACAUCAUCAGAGUGUUCUACGUUGGUGUAAACAUUCUAACAGCGGAUAUAGAGUCUGGUACAGUGGCUGGUAUAGUGGCGAUUCCUCCGCCAGAUCCGGAGGACAAGAAGAAGAAGAAACGCGGUGGAAGACGAAGAGCUGGAGGAAGAGGGAAGAAAGGUAGAAGGCCUACAAGAAUAAGAGCUCCUCCUCCUCCACCGAUUCUCUUGGAGCAAGGUGUACCGUUAUUCUUCCAACAUAAUCGAGCUGGUAUUUUAGUCACCGAUCGAGGAGCAGUGGCUAUUUGGAAGGACAAGGGCGUUUACUUCAUGUUCGACCCUGGUGCACGAAGCGACCAGGGUUUGCCUGAUUUCUACGGAACCUCCUGCGUCAUGUGGUUCGCCUGUCUAGAACCACUGUACGAGGUGUUGUUCGCCAACAUCGACGAGCAAGAGAAGUAUGGUCGUUACGAGAUCAAUAGAGUGAUCAUUAAGACAGCGAUGAUCGAACCUUUACCUUGUCCAGCUGGUUUCAGACCUUACUUCGACUGCACAGCUCCGCCGAUUCCUGUUACGUCGAUGAAGAGGAACACCACGUUGGACGUGGAGACAGUCACGGAGUACAAUAUCGUGGACGAAGAGCUAAGUGUUCUCAGAGGAAGCCUCCAUAUGAAUCACAGAAUCUGGAGUACAGAUAGCAGAGGUUUUCAGAGCACGGCAAUUGCAGCUGUGGCCAUUGUCGUUGGUCUUCUUCACGUUCCAUCUACGUGGACACCGGAGUUAAUAGACGCGAUUUUGCGGUACGGGGAUUUGUUGCACUCUGAUAGCGUUCGAGCUGCUCGUCCAGGAAACAGAAACUUGUCUCCUAGUGAAUUGUUAACAGUCUUCAUCGUUGGUGAUUUCAGAGCUACGAUACAUAUUCAUAAUCAUACAGCAGCUGGUCUGCUUCACACUUUCGAUCUGUCCGAAGCUCUCGCUAUGUUUUUCCGUUCCAAUUGCGCCGGGAUUCUUCACACGACCAAUAUGGCAGUCGCUGUGAUGCAGCACUACGGGAAGUUCUACUUAUUCGAUCCAUGCGCGAGGAACGACCAAGGGAGAGCUAGUUUCGACGGAGCUGCUUGCGUGAUGAAAUGCGAGAGCAUCAUGAAGAUGGCUAAGGUGUUCGUGACUAACUGCAACUUGAAGACGCCGAACGUGUACACGCUGAACGCUGUGAACGUGUUGGGAUUGUACUUCUUCUCGGAUGCUAAGUCUGGAUGUCCACCGAAGUGUAUACAAUGA